AUGUCCCUUGGCGUUUCGCUGUCACAGCUAAUAGUCGAGCAACCUAACCCGUUGCUGAGUGGGUAUGAGGCGCUGGAUCAAGUUUUGAAUGGUUUCCAACCUAAAUGCAUCUAUGAAGUGUUCGGUCUUCCAGGAAUGGGUAAAGUUGAGUUCGGCAUCAACUUGGCAAAGAGGGCUCUCCAAAUAAAUCGAUCGACACUAUGGAUUGACGCACACCAUUUUACGCAAUUAGACGAACUUGAAGGUUUGAAUCAUGUCAAAUUUGAUAAGUUUACGCAUUAUGUGUUUUACUUUCAACAAAUGUCAAACCAGAAUAGAGGGGACAGCCAUGAAGAGGAACAGAUAUACGAAUUGAUUGUGAUAAGAGGACUGUCCAAAGUAGUAUCGAGCUAUCUACACAAUGGUUCAUCAUCUCAAGCGGUGGAUUCUGCUCAUCAAUUCAAAAACAAGAGUCUUAUUACGCUGUUCACAGCGAUGACGAAGUAUGCCCAACGCUACAAGACUGCGAUUGUGAUGUUGAAUGAUGCUAUGAACACAAGUUACCUUACGACUGGGUCCCACAGCAGUAGUUCCAGCGACUCCUGGACUUCACAGUUCCAGUCUUACACCGAGGAAUCACCAUUUCUGGUGAAAAGUAGCAAACGGAAAGCCGUUCAAGUUCUGCGAAGUGCGUUGGUGGCGAACCUCGGUGUUGGGAGCAAGGAUCAGGUCUGGGAGGUAUUUCUGAAGCGACGAAUUGGUAUUUUCUGGGAAUGGGAUCGAUCCAGGCCGUGGAAUCGAGUUCCCAAAAAACACAGGGUAGCAAUGGUGCAAAAUCCUAGUAUGGGGAUCGAGGGAGACGUUACUGUGCCACUACUGCAAGACCUCAAGAGCGACAACAAGGCACUGAGUCAGUUACAGUUGCUGCAAGGUGAAUCGCAUGACGAUGCGGACAAAGGAUUGGUAGGGUUGGAUGCAGCUACUAGCGCAGAAAAAGAAGAUACAACUUUAGGGAGGGCGUUCAGUGAGCACGAAUGUUAUGAUUCAUCUCACCCAUCACAAGAAGCAAAGCGGUCUAGACUUUCACCAAACGAUUGGUCCACGUUACCGUUCACGCCAAGAUUGAGCAAUCUACAUGAACCUACAGAUCAACAAGAAGAGACAACAACAGCUGCAGCGGUAGAAGCAGCAGCAGUGUUAUACGAUAGUGAGGGAGAAGGAACCUAG